AAUCAGACACAAUUUCCUUUCUCAAAUCUGCCAUUGUUAUGUCGGUGAAUAUCAGCCAAAAAAAAUAAGAUUCACAGAGGAUACCUUACAGAUUAUUUUGUGACUGACAUUAAAGUUGUGAGGCAUAAUGACUCUUGCAGCUUACAAAGAGAAGAUGAAAGAGCUGCCCCUUGUUUCUCUGUUCUGCUCCUGUCUACUUGCUGAGCCACAGCCUAAGUCUACUUACAAAGUCCAAGAUGCGGUGGACCUAAGCUGGUGUGUGAUCAAAGAUGUGGAGCUUAUUGAGUUGAAUAAGCGUGCCUCUGGACAGGCCUUUGAGGUGAUUCUGAAGCCCCCCUCCUUUGAUGGGAUCCCCGAGUUUAACACCUCACUCCCCCAGAGACGAGAUCCCUCCCUGGAGGAGAUCCAGAAGAAACUGGAAGCGGCGGAGGAGAGAAGGAAGUUCCAAGAGGCAGAGCUGCUGAAGCACCUGGCAGGGAAGCGAGAGCACGAACGAGAGGUGAUUCAGAAGGCCAUUGAGGAGAACAACAACUUCAGUAAAAUGGCCAAGGAGAAGCUGGAACAGAAAAUGGAGGCCAACAAGGAAAACCGAGAGGCCCUGAUGGCAGCCAUGCUGGAGCGCCUGCAGGAGAAGGACAAGCAUGCAGAAGAGGUGAGAAAAAACAAGGAGCUGAAAGAUGAAGCUUCUCGAUAGAUGGAAGAAAACUUGGGACUCAUUUUACUAGUUAAGAAUUAAAAAAAGAUUAUCACAGAUUUUUUAUGUGAUGAAGAUUGGAAAACAAGAAAGCUUCUUCGUCCACAUGAAGUGGAGUUAGUGUUUGUCUGUGUGGCAAAACAAGGUGCACCAACUCAUGUUGGCCAAAACAGCUUCAAGGCUGGAAUUUAAAAAAAAACAGAGAGAGAGAGAGAGCUGAUUGGUCUGGUCCAGUUAUUAAAACAGGUCUCUUGUCAGAAGGUCUUUUGAGGACUUUUCUGAUGUUAGAUCAUGGUUAACACUUUUAUUUUUAAUGAUCUUUACUAAAAUUUCCCAUGCUUAAUAGCACACCAAAUAUGUAAAAUUGGCAACAGAAGAUUUAUGUAUUCAUGAACUUCCAAGGAACAUCGACAGCAGUGCUUCCCAAUUGAACCUAUAACUUCAUUCAAGUAUGACUUGCAUCUUUGGGUCAUCUAAGCUCAGCUCACCUCUUAUAAUGAUUAACCUAUCCCCUGAAAUGCUUUAUCACUUUAUUCAGGUACAAGACAUUUGCAGCAAUGCAGUUCUUAUGAAUGAUUAAAAUCAUUAAAAUAAAAAAAAAAAGAUCAUCAUUCUGAUGAGAUGUGUUGACAUUCCAGGAAUAUGUAUUCUAGAAUUAUCAAUUCAUCGCAAAAUUAUGACAUCUAUCUCACCAUGUAUCUAGGAUAAUUUAUUUCUGUAUUCUUUAUGGGUCAUUUUGAGCCAAAAAGUCCUUAAUAAAUUUCUCAAUACAGAAAGUGUUAAUUCAACCUAUGCCUAGUGUACAAUACCAGUUGCGUACCAGACUUAUACUUGCACUUGUGCGCUUCACAGGCUUGGUCACUUUCUUUCCCUCUCUCAAAUACAAAUCUAAUUUUCUGUUUGCACUCAGCAUGGAUCAAUAAGGGAUAAAUGACACGUGUGCUCAUACAGAGCACCUAGUGCAGUUAUGGAAAGAGGGAAUGCAGUGAAACAAGAGAAAAAAAUAAUAAAAUCACACUUACUAAAUUUCCAUAAAACUUAAUCCUAAUGCAAAUCUGAAAUGUUUUAUACAUGUUGCAAUUGGGAAUAUGGUAAUUGCAAAAUAAAUCUCUAUUGUAACAAUGGAAACUAAUUUAAAUUGUAAUGUAGCAUAUACUGUUCCCAAAGCCAAUCACUGGCUGUAUAUGCUUUAAAGCAUAAUGCAUUAAUUCUGGGAAAUAAUUACUUUAAAUGAGGUUGUAAAUUGAGGUAGACUUGUGCAACUGGUGUAGAACAUUAUUGCUUUGUAUUUGGUUACACACUGAAGAUUGCAAUUUUACAGUAUUAAUGAUGUAUACAUUGUAUGCAUUUUAGCAGGGAUAGGAAAUUCUAUUUUGACUGUUAAGUUGGACCUGUCCCAUUAUUCAGUCAAAAUUUAUUUGAUAUUUUCAUGAUUAAUAAUUGGAGUGCAUUCUUUGGAUUUCAAAUAAUAUAUACACAUAUUUUGAAAAUGUUAGGAAACCUUUACAAUACUAUAAAAAAAAAAAAAACACAAUAACACCAGAACACACACUUACAUACUGUUACACUAUGACAUUGUGUUCUGCUGCAGCACAUCCCUUCCCUAUAUUAAUGAAGCAAAUGCAGGUCCUAUAGGUGCACUUUGUCUUGGCAUGCCAGUGUCCUUCUUUUUGUGUCUUGUGAUUGUUGAACAUGUAAUUCCUUUAAGAUGCUAAUAACAUGUUAAUAUUACCUGAUGUCAAUAUGAUAAAAGAAAAAAGGCAAAUGUUGACAUAUACAGUAAUUGAUAGACAUGUAACUGAAGUUGAGUUCAGCAUGACCAGUAAAAGGUUUUUUUUUUUUUUGGCAGAACAAGUCAUGGUUACUGUAAUAUAUCCAGCUUCUUAUUUUCCCUUUAAAGGAGUUUAAGUAUUGUGUUUCUUUUCUGUGUGUGAGUGAGUGUGUGUACAUUUUUGUGUACAAAGUGAAUAAGGAAUUCAGACUUGUGAAACCAAAGUGAUUAAAAUAAAAUAAAGUGAUUUAAAAGGAUGAACCACAUCAGUGUUAGCUAGGAUCAGAAUUCUGUCUUCUGCCUGUUAAUGUAUGUGUUUCUGAAAUCUAUGUUCCAGGUUCCAUGAAGCCUGGUCACAUGAAGGGAGGAGACUCAACACUGGACUGGCUAGCCCAGCUUGUUAAUGAAAAACAAUGUUAGUGUGAGAUUGGCAAAUCCAUGUCUGUCAACCCUGGAAUCCUAUAAUGAGGAUUGACUAAACAGUGACUUAGAGGUCUACAUAAGACUGUCAGCUUUCAUCUGAUACCAUGAGGCUGUCUCCUGAGUGUGCAGAAUGGUGAAAGAUGUGCAGAAACUGCUCGCAUUCUGUUACCAUGUUGUUUUUAUGCAGCACAUUGAAGUUCAAGGAAAACAGUUAUUGUGUAUUUUCCUGUACUGCAAACAUAAAUCCUCAAUAUGUGCAGAAAUGCAAUGCAAAUGCAUCAAAUAAAUGCAUUGUACUCUGUGCGCGCGCGUGUGUGUAUGUGUGUAUAUUUCAGUCAAAUUUAAAUAGGUUUCUAAAACAUAAUUGUUCAUGUGGCUGUUAAAUAUGUGGAAAAUGUAACAUUUGCAAAUGCAAAAUAAUUUAAAAAGCUGUAUAUUUUUUUUUUUUUUUUAAGUUUACAGGUAUUACUUGUGAAGUAUUCACCAGCAAGUAUGCCAUGCAUUUGGUUUUAUUAAUGUCCCUCUGAUGAAAACUUGUCAUUAUUAAAACUGUAACUGAUGGCUAAAAAUAGGUGGUGCUAAAUAUGGGUAGAACAUCAGCAUUUUCAAAUAUGGAGAAGAGAGAUAUUUGGCAAUAUUUCAAUGCAUUAUUUCAGUCUGUAAAUUCUCCAAUUAAUUUUUUAAAAAGAGAAUUCGGAAAGGUGAUAUCCACCUAAGGUUUGGUUUGACCAAUUCUUAAUUGCAUUUGACAGAAGGACCAAGAGAAGUAUAAUGCACUUUUUGGCCCAUGGCCUUGACCAUUGGAGUUCUAAAAUGUCUGCUGGCUGAACUGUGAGGUAAAUAAUUAUUGUGUGAUGAUAGCAAUUACCAGUGGGAAGAAGUGGCAGUCUGGGUCACGUUCCCCCACCCCAUGUGCUGGGUGAACUGUGAUGUAAUGAUUAUUGACAGCUUGUAACAGGAUGGCGUGUAUGGUGACGUCAGACCCGGAAGAAAC